UGUUGUGACAGUAGACACAACUCCAACCAUCUUCUGAAGUGACCUGUAAAGAAUACAAGAAAAAGAUUAAGUCUUACCAGACGGUCAAUAUAUAUUGCAUCCAACAUCAUAUAUAUCAUCAUCAUCAUCAUCGUUUAACGUCUGCUUUCUAUGAUGGCAUAGGCUGGACAGUUUAACUGAAGAUGAUAACCUUUUCACUAGCUGGAAUUCUGCCACUGUUCAGUUAAUAUUCAGACAAGUUGAAACAUAGAAAUCUGAAGAACCUGGACAUUCAGCCAUAAAUGCCAUCAAUACCAGAGGAAUUAUUUACCUAAAUGUAAAAUUUUGUAGGGAGAACAAGUGGGAAUAAACCUUUUUUUUUUUUUUUGUUUUUAAUUUCCAAAAUUACCAAGAAUAAAUGGAAUUUGUUUUCAGAAUCUUUAGAUUUAUAUGGUGUAUACUUUGCUUUGUAAUGUAUACCCAUAGCGAGCAGUAUAUUUCAUAAAUAAACAUGUCCUGGAAAUUAGGUUAAAAUAUGCUGUGCUUUCAUUUGACUACAGAAAAUCUUUUUUUUUUUUCCAAUUUUCAUGUUGAAGAUAAAGAGCAAUAGCAAUUAUUUUUAAUAAAAAAGAAAGCACAACAAUUAGCUCUUAGAAUGGUUUUUAAUUUGCUAGUUGUUUUACCAUAAGACAAAUAGGGUAUAAGAAUAUUGCUUAAUUAUUCACAUACCAUUCAUCUUGAUUUUAAAACUUUUCACUGUACUUCAAAGCAAAGUCACUUUUGCUUUCCAGUACAGUGAAAGGAUUUCAAUUUUUCAUUCUGCAUUUCAGUGAAAAAUGUUAUCAGGGUGUAAUAGGUUUGAGAAUUUACAUUUCCUCUGAGGUAGUUUUAGAAUAGAUAUUUUCUGUGCAGUAAUGAAAAAAAAAAGCAGACUAGUGUUAGAUUAUAGGAAAUAUAUUUGAAGAUGUCGAACUACAUAUAUAAAGUUCUUCAUUCAAAUACCACUGGCAAAUAACUUUUAUCAGUAAUGAAAUGUCGGGUGGACAGUUUUGGAAAACGCUCGAAACAUUCAACUCAGUAUAAAUACUAUCAGUUCAUGAUGCAUACAUUUACAUUUGUAUAUACUUAGAUUAUACCCAUUCCCUUCAGAAUUUUAGUGCCGACUCUUAGCUCAUCAAUGGACACAAUAAAUUUUGAAUAUCAGUUUUCGACGAAGAGAAAGUUGUACAAGUUGGUCAUUUCAGAGUUUGAUAUUGAGGAAAGAGCUCAGUAUUUACAGAGGAGAAAAAAAAAGAGAGACAUCAAGUAUGGAAAUGGGGAAACUUCAUUAUUUAUGAAAUUUCCUUAGUUUGAACAAGGCAAGAUCAUAAAUUUAAUUUGGAACAAAUAUAUGAACUGUAAUUCUUUUGAGAUUUUUGAAAGAAACAGAGGUCUAACAGAAUUGAAAAUGUCUGUAAUCAUUCGAUUGCAAGGCCUUCCAUGGUCUGCUAGUGCCAUGGAUAUUCGGCAGUAUUUCCAAGGAUUAAGUAUCCCUGACGGAGGUGUACAUAUUGUCGGUGGAGAAAGAGGUGACGCUUUUAUUGCAUUUGGGUCUGAUGAAGAUGCGCGGCAAGCUAUGUUACGUACAAACGGUCAAAUCAAUGGAAACACUGUACAACUAUUGCUCAGUAGCAAAACCGAAAUGCAGAGUGUGAUUGCUUUAGCCAGAGAAGCUGUGCCUACCCAAGCUUUCAGCAAACCUGCUCCUGCUGCACCCCCAUCAACAGGACCACCAACUGGUCCUCCUCCUGGACCCUUAAAUGAUCAUAUACGUUCAUUAGGACCACAGAAUCAUACAAAUUUUAUUCCAGAUAGAAGUGUUCCUCCACCAAGAAACAUGGAUUAUCCCAAUAGGAAUUUUCCUUCAGUCCCUACAGAUAUUCGAAGUAAUAUACCACCACCAACAACAAACACUGUCCCUGGAUUACCACCAAUGCCUGGACUGCCUCCUGAUCCUAAAUUUGGACCAAAUCUGAUGAAUCCAAAUAAUCGAGAUCCAUAUUUUGUAUCACAAGACCCAGAUAAUAACAUGAACAGGCCGCCAAUGGAUUUCCGCCCUCCAGAAGCCCCAAAUGAUUUUGCUGUUAAUCGUCGGCCCAAUUUUCCACCAAACCAAGAUCCUAGAUUGGAACAUGGUGCAAAUGAUCAAAGGCACUUUGGAACUGCAAAUGUAAAUGCACCUCCUGGAGGAUUUAUGAAUGUGAGAGAUGCACAUUUAAAUUUACCCAAUUACCCAGUUCCACAACCCAACAGAAAUAUCCAAAUCCCAAAUCCUCCAUUGCAGCCCCCUGAGAUAAUGCCACUGGGUAAACCUCCUGGGCCAGAAGUGCUGCCCCCUUAUCAUACAGAACGUAAAAAUGAAUUUGAGACCAAUCAGAAUAAUAUGAGGCCUAAUAUUCCAGUUCAUCAUAUGCCUCCUGCAAAUAUUAACAGACCAGACCAAAACAGACCUGAGUUUCAACCGCAUGGUCCUCCACGGCUUGAUAUAGUCCCACCAGUGGCAAGAGGAGAUAUGUUAAAUCAACCUAAUCAGCCUCGUACAAAUGACUCAACUAACACUAACCCAGAUCCAGCUCACCCAAUGAACUACAUGAGAAAUGAACCUUCAAGGCCUGAUAUGGUGAGACAUGAUCAAGGACGUUCUGACCUUGUGCACCCUGAAGCCAGCAUGGGAAGACUAGAACCAAACAGAGGUGAUGCAGGGCGUCGAGAUCCUCCAAAACUUGAUGUUGGGCGCCAUGAUUCUGGUAGACCAGAUUCAGGAAGAAGUUAUGGUGGAAGACAUGAAUCCAGAUUUGACAACCCACAUCCUGAUGUCAACAGAACUGAACAUGUCAGGACAGAUCAAGAAAGAACAGAAUCUCUAAGACUUGAAACUGGAAGAAUGGCUGCGAAUAGAUCUGAAGCUAAUCGGCCAAGUAGCUCUGGGAGAUCUGACAUCUCUAAAGUUGACCAAAACAGAUCAGAUUCUAGCAGGAAUGAAGGGAGUAAAACUGCAGAGUCUAGCCGUCAUGAAUCAAGUAGAAAUGACUCAAAUCGAUCUGAUUCUGGUCGCCAUGAUUCAAAGUCUGACUCUCGCCAUGAUUCCAGGUCAGAGUCAGGUAGACAUGAAUUCAACAGAUAUGAUUCUGGUCGCCAUGAUAGUAGUCGACAUGACCGUAGCCGUGACGAUGGUGGUCGAUAUGACAGGCAUGAUCGGGGAAGAGAUGAUAGCAAUCGCUAUGACAGAAGAGAAAAUCGGAGAGAUUCAAGAUAUGAUAGUCAUUAUGAUGGUGGUAGACAUGACAGUAGGUACGAUGGUGGGCGUUAUGAUAACCAGCAUGAUUCUGGAGGUCGCUAUGAAACUUCAAGAAAUGACUCAAGGCACGAUGGUAGUCGGGGCAGUGACAAAGCUCCUCUAAAUAGAGGAGUUGGUACUCGAGAUUUCGAUCGAGGUGGACGGGAUAAUCAAACUAAAACUGAUUCAGGAGGCUCCAACAGACAGUCUGGUCUACCUGUAGACACAUACAAAAAUACUGGUCCAGGAGAAAUGAAUAACAACAGAAAAGGGCGUAUGGAUAUGGGUGGAAAUAUGAACAGAAAUAAUAGAUCCAAAAAUGACUAUGGAGCUGAUGGUAGAAGAGGAGAUUAUAAUUAUGGCCAAACUCCACCUAGAGAUCCAGGAUUUCCAGGUUCCAUGCCUGGUUUUGAUGGGCAAAGAUUUCCUGACAGACCUUUAGGUCAUCCUGAUUGUCCUCCCUUUGGUGAACCAAAUAUGGGUGAUGAUCCUAAUAUGUUUCAAGGAAAAGAUAAAAUGUAUGAAGAUCCUGACAUGAGUGGAUUACCUAGAGGUCUUUUAGGUGAUGCUCCUCCUGGGUUUCUACCUGGCCAACCUGGCCCACCGCACGACAGUCAAGUCAACUGGGGUGAUGAUGGCUAUGCCAUGAGAGAUGAUCGGAUUCCCGGAGAAAGACUUGAUGAUUUCCGUAAUGAAUGGCAUGAGGAGGAAAUGAAUAUGGGCCCGCACUACUCUCAACCUGGUUCUUGGAAUGAUAUGCCUCCAAACCAACCUCCAUACCACAGAAAUGAUGGCCCACCACCUUUCCCAAGAAAUGAACCCUAUGGAAGGUAUGGCAGCCCAAACAGAAAUGAGAGAGGAGGUCCCCCUGGUCGAAUGCCAGGAUCACUUAUGGACGAUAGAAAAUAUGGACCCCCUAAUGAAAUGAACUUUGGUUCUGGUGAUUCUGGAAAUAGACGGCCUGGUAAUAUGGAUGAUAAUUCUAUGCGUGGUAUAAAACGUGGACACUGUGAACCUGAUUUGUUUGUUGAAGUAGUUGGCCUACCUUAUAGUGUUGGCUACCGUGAUGUGCGAAGAUUCUUCUCUGGAUGUACCAUCCCUCGAGAUGGUUUAAAACUUAUCAAUAAUGAAAAGGGGCGGAGAGCUGGCAAUGCAUUUAUCAAAUUUGCUUCUGAGCAAGACACAGCAGAAGCAUUCUCACGUCAUGGAAAUUUCAUGGCAAACCGAUAUAUAGAAAUAUACCGGUGCUCAAUGGAGGAUUUUGAAAAUGCCAUUGAUUCCUUUGUACCGAAAGCAACUCAUGGGCCAACCCCAAAUAAAAUGAUGAAAAGCGAUAAUCUAAAUGAAAACCCUUCAAGGGACAUGUCUAGUGCGAAACCAAAUACAAGCAAUGAUAUUCCUCCUCUGGUUAAAUCUAACAAAGAAACAAGUGCAAACACUGCUGAUAACACAUCGUCUUCAUCAUCAACUCCUUUCCCAGUUAUUCAAAUCAAAGGUAUUCCUCUUAAUGCAACAAAUGAUGAUAUAGUAAAAUUCUUAAAAGAUGUUCAUAUUUCCAACCCAAGCACAUGUAUUGUAAUCGAACAUGAUUCCCGUGGUAAGAACACUGGUAUUGCAUUUGUUGAAGUAAUGUCUCAGAAAGACUAUGACAGCUCCCUCACAUACGAUGGACGUCACAUGGGGGGACGACUUAUUCGUAUUGUUGAAGGAAACAAGAAAGAUAUGUCACUUUUACAAGACAAAGAGAAAAAAGGGUCAUCAGAAAAAUCUUCCCCUAACAAAAAUCAGAAAGAUGUUUCAAAAGCUGUUGGGAAAACAGAUUCCAAAACUGGCAGUAGUGAUAAAAUGGAAAACCUAGCUUCUAAAAUAUCUGAAGCUAAAGCUCAAGAUAAAAAGUCAUUAUCCAGCAGUAAUGGGAAAAAAAACGAAACUCUCACAUCACACCCAGUCCCUUAUUAUUGUGUCAGUCUAAAGGGACUUCCUUUUGCAGUAACUACUAACGAAAUUAAAGAAUUUUGUCAGGGUUUAAAUAUUGCACCUCGGGGUAUCCAAAUUGUUUAUGGAAAAGAUGGCCGUACAACUGGGCAGGCUUUUGUGGAAUUUGUAACAAGUACAGAUUGUGAAAAAGCUGUUGCUCGUGACAAGAAGUAUGUAGGAAAGCGUUAUGUUAAUGUUACUGCAGUAACUAAAGCUGAAAUGAUGGACUGUUUGAAACAAGCCAGGCAGGCUAAUAUGCAAAACAACACAGAAUCUUCUAAUCCUCCUUUUAUGGUUCAUGGUGGUAAACAGUAUGAGUAUGUUAAGGGGGAAAAUUUUCCUCCUUCAGUGUCUAUUGGAGAAAUUCUGAACUUCUUCAGGGGUUAUUACCCGGUGCCUGAGUCAAUUCGUCUCCACUAUGCCGAUGAUGGCAGACCUACUGGUAAUGCUAUGAUAGGAUUUGUUACGAGAGAUGAGGCUUUAAAAGCUAUGGAAGACUUAAAUCAUAAGCUGUGUCGAAAAAAUGUUGUCACAUUGCGUAAGGCAUGAAAAAAGAAAAAAAGAUAAAUUGUGUAGACUGUUUUUCUUGACUCAAUCAAGGACUGAGUACUCAUUUUUCAUGCUUUAUAUCUAUCCAGUUUAUGACUCAAUAUUGUUAGCUAUGAAUUUCUCAGAACAGAACAUUCAGUGCAUAAGGAAACACUUCUGUUUUUUAUACCAUUUUCCUUUCUAGUUAGGUUUAUCCAAAAUCUAAACCAUUACCUGUUUUAGUUUUUUUUUUUUUU